AGACGAGCGGCACACUCGGACGAUCGGGACGGAUUGGAGGUGUCCGGGGAGGUCCGGGGUAUUUUUGGUCUUGCGACAUUCUGCGUCAAUCGACCAGCAUCGCUCAAGCGUUCAACUUGUUCCCCUCCUCUCACACUCUUUCUUUGCCGCAUCCUUUUCUUUUCCUUUCACGCGAUACCUACUUUGAAAUCCAGCAAGAGGACUAGUCCGCAUUAGCACGAUGUCGCAAGGGAAGAAACCGCUACCAUUCGCUGUGACCUUCACCGCAGGAGCGAUUGCCGGGAUAUCUGAAAUUUUGACGUUCUAUCCUCUCGAUGUUGUCAAGACGCGCAUGCAGCUAGAGACAGGAAAGUCCCAGCAUGGGCUUGUGGGUUCAUUCCGGAACAUCAUAAAGGAAGAAGGGUUUGGGCGGUUGUAUAGAGGCCUUGUUCCCCCAUUACUCCUUGAGGCGCCUAAGCGCGCUACCAAAUUUGCCGCAAAUGACUUUUGGGGCAAGACCUUCAAAAAUCUCUCUGGCCAGACACAGAUGACCCAAAAUCUCUCGAUCAUCACGGGCUGCACCGCUGGCGCAACGGAAAGUUUUGUUGUUGUGCCUUUCGAACUGGUCAAGAUCAAGCUGCAGGAUAAAUCCAGUACGUUCGCGGGUCCGAUUGAGGUUGUUAAGCAGAUUGUCAGGAACGACGGAGUGCUCGGUCUGUAUGCUGGUAUGGAAGCUACGUUCUGGAGGCAUUUCUGGUGGAACGGAGGAUACUUCGGUUCAAUAUUCCAAGUUAGGGCAAUGAUGCCGAAGGCAGAGUCCCCUCAAGGAGAGCUGUUCAACAACUUCAUAUCCGGUUCCGUUGGUGGUUUCAUUGGUACAGCUGUGAACACACCAUUUGAUGUUGUGAAAUCCCGUAUACAAGGCACGGCUAAAGUUCCUGGCGUCGUUCCCAAGUAUAACUGGACAUACCCCGGCAUUGUGACUAUAUUCCGAGACGAGGGCGCCGCCGCGCUCUACAAAGGCUUCGUGCCCAAGGUCUUGCGACUCGCCCCGGGCGGUGGUGUGCUCUUGCUCGUGGUCGAGUUCACACUAGACGUUUUCAGGAAAGCUCUCGGUCCCCCUUAUUUGUAACAGUAAUUGCUCUUUGUUUGUGUGGUAUAGGGUCGUUGUGAUACAUUGGGGUUGAUCUGUCG